AUGAGCUUGGUUACAAAAGAUAGAGGUCCUAUGAAUAAACAACAAGAAAAGGACGUUGGUUCCUCUUUGGAUAUUGAAAUGUUAGAACAAGAUCUAGAAAAUAAAAAAUUAGAAAUUGGGGGAAAUUAUGAUCUUUGUGAUGAUAAUGAUAAUGAAGAUGAUGAUGAUAAUGAAGAUGAUGAUGAUAAUGAAGAUGGUAGUGAUGAAGAUGAAGAUAAUAAUAGUAAUGGAAGUAUGCCAUCUGGUAUCAUAUCAUUUUCAUCCUCAUCUCUAGGUGCUUCCUCGGAUGCUUCUUCCUCGGAUGGCUCUUCAUCUUCAUUCUCUUCUGACGAUUCUGAACAAAAUAUAUCGGUGAAGGAUAUCGAUAUUGAAGAGGAAUCUGACGUACUAUCUGAAACAGCUUCACAGAAGGAGAUGAGUCCCUUUUUAGUUUGCAAAAUCAAUAAGGAUACUAUACCAUCAAGUAAGGAAACUAAAAAUGAUUCAAUGAGUGAACUUAAUUCAUAUUUUGGAAUUCCAUUAAGUCCUGGUUCAAAUAAUUCAAAUGGUGAAAAAAAAUUAAGUUCUAGUUAUCUUCUAACAGAUACUAUGGGAAAGAAAAGUUUCUGGACACCAGAGAAUACGGGAUAUGGAAAGUAUGGAUCGUCAUCAUUUCCGGUAAAAGAAGAAGUUAAAGUACCUGAUUCAUUAUUAUCUUCAUCAUAUAUGAAUAUCCCUUCGACCCCUAAUGUCAAGGAUUCUAUUACAACUAAGUUAAGUGAAAAACCAAUCUAUAAAUGGACUGGCAAUUUUAGGAUUGAAAAGAAAGAAGAUAAUAAGACGCAGAAUUAUUUACUAAGGAGAGAAAAAACAAUAAAGGAAGAAGGUAAUGAAAAGAAUCAACUAGUAUGGUAUGAGAAACUAAAUAACGAUUCUCUUCAAUUUUUAGGCUCUCUGAGCGAUCAAACUAUGGCAUGUUUGCUAGCCUUUAUUAUAAUAGUUUCCGUAGUGGGUAUAUCAUGUUUUACAGUCUAUUUACUGUCUGAUUCACCAGCUGUACCUACAUUCUGUUAUGAUAAAAUUAAGUUUUUCACUGGUGAUGAACAUUCUAGAGAUCAUUUAAUGCCAAAUGGGAAAUUUAUUGUAGAUUUUGAUAAUAAGGUGGCCAUACCUUAUGAUGGUAAUACUAUUGAAUAUAAUUUUAGUUUAUUGAAAGCAGGAACAAUUGAUUUGUUAAAUAAAUCUUAUAAAAUUUUGGAAGAAAAUUGCCAUAAUGGUUAUGAUAUAGCUUUAGAAUUAUCAAAAGAAAUUAUUGAUAAAUAUAAACAUGAACAAAACAUUGUAACGAAAAUCAUGUCACGAACUGAAGAAGAUUUUUCAAAGAGAGUCAUAACAAUAAUUCAACAUUUUUUUAAUGAUCAUUGA